CUCUCUGAAAAUCUGCAUUUUUGGAAAUAAUAGCGGAAAACUGGGGAUAUCAGGGUGUCAGAAGUGUCCAGCAAUGCACCAGUUACAUCCACCAGUGUUCUCCUCAGGAACUGGGGCUGGACGGAGGGAAUAACAGCUUGGCUUUAUAACUUCUGUGCGCCCUCUCCUCCUCUUUUCUCUACUCUGCCUCAGCCUUUGGAGUCUGAAAGAGAGUGGAUAAACGAUUUAUGCGGAUAAAUUAACUUCCAACCGAUUUAAGUCGACGGUUUUGCGAUUUAGGAGAUACAGAAUAACCCGUCUGAACUUCUAGAGAUUGUAAAGAAAAGGAAUGCUGAGCAGAAGAGGCGCAUGGAGAGAUGCUGUUUCUUCUACCAUGGAUCUAAAGGGCACUUUAGCGGUUUUACUGCUUUUGCUUCUAUGCCUGUGCCCUGUUUUCAGUCAAGAACUCAAUCCAAAGGGUAGGAACGUGUGCAAAGUUCCAGGGUCACCAGGGCUUACGUGUUGCAGCGGAUGGGCGCAGCAAGGCGAAGAGUGUUUAACACCGCUCUGCGAAGGUAACUUCACUUGUAAUGAGAACGAGGUGUGUGUCCGACCAAACGAAUGCCGCUGUCGUCACGGAUAUUUUGGGGCAAGUUGUGACACAAAGUGUCCCGCUCAGUUCUGGGGUCCAGACUGCAAGGGCAUGUGCACGUGUCACCCUAACGGUAAAUGCGACGAUGUGACCGGGAAGUGCACGUGCUACCCAAACCGCUGGGGUGAGAACUGCGAGAAGCCCUGCAACUGUCAGAAAGGGAAAUGUGACCAGGAGACGGGCAAAUGCACCUGCCAUGCCGGUUACUGGGGGCCGCAAUGCAACAACAACUGCUACUGCAGCAUCAACUCAGUGUGCGACCAGAACACGGGCCGGUGCAUCUGCAACCCCGGCUGGUUCGGCCGUAACUGUGGCGCUCAGUGUGUGUGUAACAACUCGCCUUGUGAGCAGUUUUCGGGCCGAUGUCAGUGCAGGGAGAGGCUCUGGGGUCAGCGCUGUGAACGGCACUGUCAGUGCACAAACGGGAAGUGUAACCCUGUGGAUGGAUCGUGUACCUGUAAACCCGGAUACAGAGGAAAGCUAUGCCGGGAGCCGUGUCCAGCUGGCUUCUAUGGACAGAACUGCAGAAACAGGUGUGGCCACUGUAAAGGCCAGCAGCCCUGUAAGGUGACGGAGGGUCACUGUGAAACGUGUGAGAGCGGCUGGAACGGGACAAAAUGUGAUCAGCUGUGUGCAGAGGGUUACUUCGGAGAGAACUGUAAGGAUCAGUGUCCGCCGUGCAAAGACGGUCAUUACUGCAACCGCAUCAACGGGAAGUGUUCCCACUGCAAUCCCGGCUGGAUUGGAGAUCGCUGUGAGGUGCGCUGUCCUAACGGCACCUAUGGAGAAAACUGUGAAAAAGACUGCAGCCAUUGUUUUAAUGGAGACUGCCAUUUUGCCACAGGAGAGUGUCUCUGUGACCCUGGCUUCUAUGGGACAUACUGCAACCUGACCUGUGAGUUUGGUCAGUUCGGAGUGAACUGUGCCCAGACCUGUCCCUGUCAUGACAAGAACUGCAACCCAGUGUCAGGGGCCUGCAACCUAUAUCCUAAUCAGCGGAUGGGAGUAAUAGCUGCGGGAACGCUGGUGACAUUCCUGCUGGUGGUUCUUCUCUCUCUGCUGUGCUGCUGCUUCCUCUGUAGCAACAAAGACAACCGCAACCCUGACCAGGAAAACUCCACCAACAGCAAGAAGGCCAAAAUAAACCUCUGCGGCGGAUUCAGUCGAAUCAGCACCAAACUCCCCAGAAUCCCUCUGAGGAGACAAAAACUACCCAAAGUUGUUGUCACCCACCACGAUCCUGAGAACACCUUCAACAGUAUUAUCGAGCCGCCCUCCGUGGUGGACCAGCCUUGUCCAUCAUGGUCAUCCCAGGAGUCCUUCACUUCCUUCGAGACGAGCGAAGAUGUGCCUGUUUACUGCGUACCCCACGAAGAGACUACGAAUGAGAGCUGUAACAAGCGAAAUUCUACCACUGUUCGAGAAAUACCACCGACCCCCAAUUACGAUGACGCAGGAGAGUACACGUCCCUCAAAGACACAAGAGAAACUACGAAGCAGUACAUUAGCGAUGGGAGCGAACAGCCUCUCCUGAAGUCUUCAGACAGCGAGGGCUCCACCAGUGGUUCGGAGUCAACCAUAAGAGCUGUUUACGCCCAUGUCGCCCGCCUUUCCAAACACUCCAAAGAGGAGGAGGACAACGCCUCACCAGAGAAGACAAAAGAGAAGACGAAACCUCGUCCUCCAGACCCUUCCACCAAACCGAAGGUGUCCUGGAUCCACGGAAUAUCUGGAAGCAGCCCAACAGAGCAAAGCCAGACUCCAUCACCGCAUAAAGAAAAGAGGAAGAACAACUCGGAAGGUUCUGGAAAGGUGGAUGAGAAGCAGCGAUCAAAGGAGAAGUCAAGCAAAUCUCACAAAGCUUCGGAUACCAUUGAGCACCUCAAUGGAACAUUCCAGAACGCCCUGAAGAAGAUCGGAAACUUUCACUCGGACAAGAAAACAAACGACACCAACAAAGAUCCACCCAAGAGCCCAAAGAUCAUGCAUCCGCAUAUGAACUCUGAGGCCGCCACGCUACUCGCGGCCCAGCUGAAGGAAAAGACCCAAAGCCUUAAUCGGAACGAGGGUCUCACGGUGGGCAUUAAACCCAAUGGUGUAUCAACACCUCAAGCCAACAGAGAGAAACCCACCCCACCUCAAAAGACCAAGCGCUCUGCAACUGGGACCAACAAGCCCCUUCUUCCCACCUCCAGCAACCUCCAGAAGAUGGUGGCUCCUGUUUCAGACUCUACACCUGAACCUAAAAGCCCAGAAAAACAAGGGGUUAAUGGGACCAGAGUUGAAGGAGACGCCACAGCAAAGAAAACACCCAUCAAAAAACCACCGAGGAAGAAAGGAAAGGAGGGAACACUGGAGACGGAAGGCAAAAGCACUCCAAAGAUGGCCAUUAUGCCACCUCAGACUGUCAAAUAGAUGUUUGAUCACAUUGGUGCGUCCAUUUUUGAGAAUAUAAACGUACAGUUUUUCUUUCAUUAAACAUUAUAUAGGAAUUGGAUGGAUUAUUUGAUUUUUUUUAAUGGACAAGCUGCUUAUAGGAUUUUAUAUUUUGAAGGAUUGUGGUUCUCGUUAACUCUUUGAAGACCUGGAAUCGGAAACAACGUUGUGGCUUGUGUACAGUAUUAAAAAGGAAGAGUGAUUGAAUUUAAUGUAAUAAGCUCAUGUUGUAUGCUCAAUUUUACAUAUACGUCCAAAGAGAGAUUUUUCAAUGCUAUCGUAAUUGUGUGAUCAACAGGUUUUUGUGUCUGAAAGGCUGAAUUUAGCACUGUAUUCACAGGUGUAAAGAAUGAACCAAAGGUACUUUAAAGGUGCUGAAAGAAUGAUGCCUAUAUUGAUUUUCUCUCAGGCCAUAUUAGUAUAUUCAAUACCUUGUAAAUUGUGUCAUGAAGGAAAUUCUCAGCUUAGUUUCUAAGACAUGUCAUUUGGUUCACGUUCAUCAGUACUUCACGCUUUUUAAGCUUAAAAUUUGUGAUAUCUAUUCUUGCUGUUGAAGCUUAGCACUAGUUUGUCCUUUUCCCAUAAAGUACCCACAGUCGGUAUUGCAUUUUUUGUUUAAGGCCAUAUAAUGAAAAUUUAGGUUGUUUUUUUGUUUUUUUUUGGCUUUUAGUCGGUGUAUGUUGGAGUAGGCUGUUUAAAUGAUAUUAAAGCCCUAAAAGUUCAGAAAACAAGUACAGUUAUACAACCUUUCUCCUCUGGGAUGGAUCUUGUACACCGGGGAGUAUUCAAAUUUGCAUCCAAUAAAAUUCAGUCCUUGCUGAACUUCCUGUUGAAAUAGGAAACACACAUAAAAAACAUUUUUUUUAAAUUGUGGGGGAAAAUGAAAAUGUUUCAAUCAGUUUUGAACUUGUUGAUAUUUGAAUUUAAAAAUCAGCACUUAAAUUAUUCUUAAACUCAGUAAUUAUGGCAAAUGCUUUUCUGUACAUUACUGCACGUUUCUACAGCGUAACUAUGGCAUUACUAUAGUGCUCACUGGCAUUUAAUGAAAAAUAAUAAAAUAUAUAUACACAUAUACAUACAGCAAUUGCAACCUACAAACUUUUACCAUCAAAUAUUAUUUGUCCUGCCGUAGGAACAAUCGUAACACCUUAAAGAUGCCAGUAUAAAACAACCUACAAGUCAGAUUAAAGGGUAUUACCUUAAGUAUUCAUUCUUCAGAGUUUGCCUUCACUAUACAGUAGCAGGACGUUCAAUACAACCAACAAAAAUGUUUUUCUGUGGUUAAAAUGAACACAAUAAUGGCUCAUGACUGCAGCGUGUUUGUUUUUUAAGCUUACUAGCUGAAACACCCUAUAGCACUUGCAAAAUACUUUUUUAGGAUGACACCAACAGAAAGAAUUCAUGAAAAACUGGAUGGUUUUAUUUUAACAAAGAACCUAUGGUUAAAUGUUCAGUCUGGGUCUGCGGUAUUUUUGAGUCUGAAAGCAGGUUCACAAAAAGCUUUUCGAUUGUGGUGUACAGUAACUGCUAUUCCCUCAUAUGGUACCUUAUAUUUUUCUAAAUGCUA